AUGGCAAAGGUUCCCGUACACAACGGUAGCCUUGGUGGUGAACAAUACGUCUCGGGGUUGGAGGGCCUGCACCAGGCUUUCAGCGUAGCCCUUGGUCAGCCAGUAUAUGCACCCAUCGAUGUUUCGAGCAAACAAUUGAAAAUCUUGGAUUCUGGAUGCAAUACAGGAAAAUGGCUACUUGACCUGGCGAGCAUUUCUGCCCCAGUGAACCACCAAUACGUCGGGACAGACGUCUGGACGGAGGUCUUUCCGGGCAGCCUCCCGUCAAAUUUCUGUUUCUAUGAGCAAGAUAUAACCAAACUGUGGCCUGAAUCAUGGAAGGGGUCAUUUGACCUUGUUCAUCAGCGCACCGUGCUCGUUAACGCUCGGAAGCUACCAAUUCGAGAUGUCAUCAUCAGAAUGACGGACCUGCUCAGGCCUGGAGGAUGGAUUCAGUUGAUGGAGGGAGACUUUGCACCUGUGCAACAAAAUGGCCCUGCUAUGCAAGAGUUCCUUGAGUUGGGGAAAUGGUUCUUUGAUGAGGCAGGGCCGGGUAGCGACAUGGGUCCUCGUUUGGCAGGCGAGCUGUCUAGUAUUGGCCUUCAAGAUGUCCAAGAGACUACAGUACUCGUGUCUAAUGGACCAGAUAUGAGUCACCCAUUCUCUAUGGACCAACUGAACACCUUAGAGCAGCGCCUCCGCCAGGAGUUGGCGGAUAUUGGCGGAUCUAUUCGAUAUCGCGUGGUAUGGGGGAGGAAAUAA